GCAGGUGGGAGGAGGCGGAAAUUUCCGGGUGUGGCGCCCCGUCUUUCCGGGGAGCGGGGCGGCUCGUGUUGCCCAGCUGGAGGUGGGGUGGGAGCAGGAAGGAGUCCGGGUCUGGUGCGUGUGGCUGGGCUGGGCUGGGCUGGGCUGGGCUGGAGAGCGCUCUGGGCUGCCCCACGCAUGGGCUCGCUCCCCGAGGCAUGGGCUGGCUCCCUCUGCCCAUGAGUCUGGCCUUAGGGCGGGCCCCAGGCGUGAGGCCGGAACGGGAGCCGGGGAUGGGGCGGUGAGUUCCAGGGAAUGGAUUUCAGAGUCCUGAGCUCCUGCCUAGCGGUCGGGCCUGGAGGCUCUCCCUAUCCUGCGGAGUUGUGACAGUGCUGCUCUCUCCUUGGCAGGUGCCAUUUGUGUUAAGAGGCUUCGCCAAUUACUAGCCACAAAAGAGACUACACUGACUUCCUUUUGAUCAACUCCUUUUAAAGCAACAUCUCAUCAUGGCGGAACUGUCACCUGAAGAAAUUCAGUUGAGGGCCCACCAAGUCACUGAUGAGUCUUUGGAAAGCACAAGGAGGAUUCUUGGCCUGGCUAUUGAGUCCCAAGAUGCAGGAAUCAAGACGGUCACCAUGCUGGAUGAACAAGGAGAACAACUAACCCGGAUAGAAGAAGGCAUGGACCAAAUAAACAAGGACAUGAGAGAAGCUGAAAAGACCUUGACAGAGCUCAACAAGUGUUGUGGUCUCUGUGUCUGUCCUUGCAACAGAACAAAGAACUUUGAGUCUGGUAAGUCAUACAAGUCAACCUGGGGUGAUGGUGUGGAGAACUCAACAGACCAUGUUGUAUCCAGCCAGCCAGCACGUGUAACAAAUAAUCAGCCACAGACCACUGGAGGAGCAAGUGGGGGAUAUAUUACACGGAUAACAAACGAUGCCAGAGAGGAGGAGAUGGAUGAAAAUCUCACUCAGGUGGAAAAUAUCCUGGGGAACUUGAAAAGCCUGGCUUUGGAUAUGGGCAAUGAGAUUGAUUCACAAAACAAGCAAAUAGACCGGAUAAAUGAGAAGGCGGAUACCAACAAAGAUCGUAUUGAGCAAGCCAAUGCCAGAGCCAAGAAACUCAUCAAUAAUUAAUGAGCUUUCUGCCAUUGUCCAGUGUCUUUCUCCAGUUGCAAGUAACCAUUUUUAUAUCUGUGAAAUUUUCUGUAUUUCAAAACAACAGGGGUAGCGGAGUCAGGAAGCGAGUGAAGCAGGUUGCUUUUUAUAGUAUUUCCUUUUCUUAUCCUUGUAUGCAGAUUUUGCUUUGACUCCAUCAGAGCAGCAACAUAGCUCCUAAUCAUCUGCCCUACCUUUCUUAAACCUGCUCAUGGCUUAGAACAUUCUCAAAGCUGUAAAACUUUCUCUUUUCCUCCCUCACAACACAGAGUAUUCAAUUAAAAUGGAAUAAACAGGGUGGUAUAAUUUUGGAUUCAUAAUUGUGGAAAGGUUGGAGAGGAGACUUUACAAAUUUGGGUUUUUUAAUUACUUAGAGUUGUGCAUUCUGACUAAAAUAGAAACUUGGUGAUGCUUAUUACUUGUAUUUCUUAGUUUAGUAGGAUAACCAUAGUUUUACAGACACUUAGUUUAAUUUCCAAUCCAUAUAUAAACUACCAAAUUUAAGAAGUUCUGGCCCAAUGGCUACUUGUGGGUUGAGGACUUUAAAAUGCACACACUGUAAUUUGAAGGAAAUGGGAGGGGAACACAUGAAUUUUCAUUCUUUGAAUGCAAAGUGAUGUUGAUGUAGAGACCGUGGUUAAAAAUUAUGCUGCAUUUUCUGGUAAUACUGGUAUUGUGAAUAUAAUUGAUUUUAAACACUAUGCACCUAUUCUACGGUUGAACAGAAGAAAAUAACUCUAUUCACAUAUUUAUGCAAUGGAAAAGAUUUUGUAUCGAGCUUCUAAAUAUUUUCUUUAAAAGUAGGCUCAACAAAGCUUUAGAUAAAAAUUUAAGAUUAAUUGAAAACUUAAGUCUCCAGGAAAACAUCAGACAAACACUGAAUCUGACCUCCUAUAGUAAGCAUGCAAAUUUCCCAUCUGGAUUCCAUAUCAAAUUUACCUCAAUCAGUUCUCCCUGGAAUUUGUGUUGUGCCUUUCUCCACUGCAGUACCACAAAUCUCACCAAGUUCUGUUCUCCCACAGUGUUUUAGGGGCAGCUUUUUAAACUUCUGAAUGUAUAUUAAAUGAAUGAGGGAAUUUCUUCACACAUUUAAGUACAGUUUUUCUUAGUCUUUUAGUUUUUAAACUAUGUAUACAUAAUUCACCCUCUAUUCUGCAUGAUGGUUCUAAACUAUGCAUGUGCUACUUUCCCACCUAAUCUUAAUUUAAAUUGAUAUAUAAUAGAUAGCUCUUGUCCACUUAUUCAAAAAGCUAUGUUUCAUGAAGUUAAAUUUUUGCUUGGCAAAAUGUCGCAAUAAGUAGAACAUUUUAAAAUACUAUCUUGCUAUAAUGAAUGCUUCAUAUGAAGGAACUACUUCUGUUCCUCCCUUCUUACCCUGUUCUAGGAAUAAGAUGCUUGCUCUAUCUUUACUAUAAUAAAUCAGUUUAUGGAUUGGA